UCUUAUUCACAGCUUUUGACUGGAUGGAAGGCAACAUUUGACCUCCUCUGGCCUUUGAGGCUUAGCAGUCCAGAAAAACUUCUGAAAUUCAUUUUCACAUAUGGCUGGAGUUUUGAAGAUGUGAGCUCCUGCGUUCAGGUAAGUAACUUGUUCGUAUUAUCUUUCUGUGUUUGUUUUGGUUGCACUAUCUCACCUUCCAAUUCCUUAUAUGGCUGCAGAAGUUGGAAACUUAUUCAAUUGUUCACUAUACGGAGUUCACUUGCACAUACGAAGGGGCUUCCAUUACAUUUCCAGUUCCAGAAGAAGGGGAAAGUGGGAAACUAUGGCAUUAAUAAAAAGAAAGCCUCUGCACAACCUUGCUGAAACAGUUCAUUCCCUGCUAGGACAAAAGUCACAUCUUACUUCCAGUUGGGUUAAAUCUGUUUGUCAUAUAAUAAUAAACCUGCCUUCUGAAGAGCAAUCAAUCGACUUAAGAACCACAGAUUUAGACACAGUGAGAGAUGAACUUGCUGUUUUGACUGCCCGGAUAAAUGAAUUGAACAGACAGCGAAAGCAGCUUCUAAAUGAAUUUCUGGAUUUGAAAGGUAAUAUUCGAGUGUUAUGUCGUAUAAGACCCAUUGAAAUGGGGGAGAACUUCGGCCGUUUUAGGCCUGUUGUAGCUUUGGAUUCAAGUAAUGUUCUUCUAAGAUUUUCUGAUAAUAAGAACAAAAAUUAUACAUUCGAUAAGGUUUUCCACCACGGCUCAUCACAAGAUGAAGUCUUUUCAGAAGUUGAACCAGUAAUCAAAUCAGCACUGGAUGGCUAUAACGCUUGCAUCUUUGCAUACGGACAGACAGGGACAGGGAAAACCUUUACCAUGGAAGGAAUUCCAGAAUCUCCUGGAGUGGUGCCCCGUGCAAUUGAAGCACUGUUUAAGCAAGCAAUGGAUAGCAACCAUGUGCAUCUCUUUAGCUUCAGUAUGCUAGAGAUUUACAUGGGGAAUCUAAGAGACCUGCUAAUCCCUCAACCAAGAAAGCCAAUGGAUCCAAUGCCAUGCCUCUUGAUCCACACAGAUCCAAAGGGUGAGAUUGAAAUUGAAAAUCUUGUGGCUAUUCGAGUGAGUGACUUGACCCAAGCUCUAAAGCUAUACCGAUUAGGGUGCCGGUUCAGGUCAACAGCAUUGACAAAUUGUAACAUUACCUCUAGCAGAUCCCACUGCUUGAUUCGCAUAUCAAUCACAUGUAGCGGAACGCCUGAGAGGCGAAGGGAAACAAAUAAAAUUUGGUUUGUCGAUCUUGGGGGAAGUGAGCGUUUGCUGAAGACAAAGGCAUCCGGGAGAAGACUAGAAGAAGGAAAAGCCAUUAACUUGUCACUUUCCUCUCUGGGAGAUGUCAUCAAUGCCCUUCAACUCAGAAAGGGUCAUGUACCUUAUAGGAACAGCAAGCUGACACAAGUUCUGAAGGACUCUCUUGGAAGGGACUCAAAAACUCUGAUGCUUGUCCAUGUAAGUCCUAAAGAAGAAGAUCUCUGUGAAACAGUAUGUUCUUUGAACUUUGCAACAAGAGCGAGAAGUAUUCAUCUAGGGAAUACAGACUCAACUGAACAAAGGGAGAAGGAAGUUGCAAUGUUGAAUCUGCAAGAAAUGAUGAACAAGAUUGAAGUUGAGAGCCAGGAUGUUAGGAUGAGUAUCAAGCAGUCAACUCAGGAGCUUCAAAAUCUAAGGAAGACAGCUGCCUGUUCCACUGAGCAACUGGAUAAUUCAGUGGAUGCAUACCAGUUAGUGAACGAAGUGCCCCAGUCUAAUCUUGAAACAAACAGGAAAAACACUGGAUAUAUCUCAGCACCUCCCUUGUCCCAGGUACCAAGGUUUAUGAGACCUACUGUUUGCAGCAGAAGAAAAUCCGGAUCAGACCAGCUCCUAAGUACUGAUGAGAAACUGAGAUUCCCUGCAAGAAGGAGAAGACCAUUCAAUUCCUAUGCUAAAUCUGUGAAUUUUCCUGUAAAGAGUAUUGCGGGAAACAAUUCAGAAGGCAGUAUUUCCAGAAAUAGCUGUUCAUUGCCUUUGACUGUGAACAACAGUGCAGAUGUUGAGACAAAUUACAGUCAAGAUAUAUCAGAAUAUGAUAUUAAAGAGUUUGUUUCCUCAGACCAGGUACCAUCACCAAAAUGCUUGAAUGAGCACAAAUAUCACCUCUUUGAUGGUGAGGGAAGUGAAAAGGGAGAUAAAAACAAUGCUUGCUCUUCAAAACAUUUGGAGGUUGAUAAGUGGUUAUGCCAGAAGAAUGCAUCAGCUAUCAGGAGUCAUGUUCAUAGGAACAAAAGAGUUCUAGAUAUUCCUACCCCAGAGAAGAAACUAAUGUGUAAAGGACACAAAGAAACAGAAAAUUUCCAGGAUGAGAAAGUUAAUAAUUACAAGUUUGCGGCGGAGCAGAUUGUCAACCACAACAAAUCGGAGAAACAUGUGCAUGUGGAUUGUUCUCAAAUGUUCAUGCACGAAAUGAUUAUUAGCAAGCCUCCUGCAAAUAUGAUUGUCAAUGACAAUAUGGACACAAAAUGUAACUCUGAUUUUUCAUUGGAUGGAAUAUUUAAGGAGACAAGGAAAAAUAUAAAAGACAAACUAGAUGAUGUGCUGAUAGAGAAACACAUACUCAGCAGUAUCUAUUCACCUGAUAUUUGGUGCAGCAAUCUCAAUUCGAAUCAAGAUGAUAAUGGAGUCGACUGUUUAUCCACAAUGCAGGCAGUAUUUGGUGAAGCAGAAUGCUCAGACAGUUCCUUAUCUAACAACAGCAAUUGGUGUCAAAUUUCUAACGUUGAUUUAGCUUCUAGUAUUUUGGACUCGACACAAGAUUCUAAUAUCUCAAUUUCAAGAAUUGAACAAAAGUCAGGCUGCCAACAGUUGCCUACCGCAACAGGUGUGGACAAUAGUGAAAAGGAAGACCUAGAAAAAUUAUCUCAGAGGUCUGGAGAAGGUACAAUGCCUGGCCAACAAAAAGUGAGGUAUCAAAAAGCUUUGCUAAUGAAAAUUGAAAUCCCUGAGGAACCAGUCAAGCCACAACAGCGGACAAAAUCACAAGAAAAUGAUGUGCACUUAGGAACGUGCCGGCUUCUUCAACAGAAAAUUCAGAUAUUAUGGGCCAGUGCUCUUCUAGGAUUAGGAUUUCAUGACUUGGGAUUUGAGCAGGAAUUCUUCCUUGGUUUAAUGCUCUGA